AUGGAUGAACACGACAAAGAACUGGGUAUGUUACGCUCAGGGUCGCCAUCGCCCUCUAUUUCGCCCACACCAGCCAUUUCCUCCUGCCCCUCGCCGGACCGCAGCUUCUCGACCUUUUCGACCGUCUCCUCCGUUUCAAAUUUCUCCGCUACGUCUGCCACGUCCAACGGCGAUAAUAGAUCUUCCGUCUUGUCCGCCGGCUCGAAACGACGAGGUUAUGUCCGGCCCCAGGGGGUCGAAUUCGCCGAGUCGGCCAAGAAUAGAGAGAGCGUCAUGUGUUUAGGAAGCAUCGCGCAUUUACAAUAUUACUUUGCGAGGACGGGUCUGUUGGAUGGGAAAGGCGCGCAGCUGGCUCGGCCGAAGAAGAAGAACCACGUCAAUGAGACAAAGGAGGUUCCGAAGUUAUUGCUUACGCAGGAUCCCCAAUUCACCACGGAGAUGGUAGAUAGCCCCGUUGAUGAUAUUGCUCCUGAUCAAGUCAACUUUGAGGUCGAAUAUGACGAUGGUGACUUAAUGCUUCCUCCUACCGUGAGCACGUACAGCGUCAAAACACAUCACAUUGCGCCCCCGCCGAAAUUAAAGGUGUUGCGAAAGGACCUUGUGGAGGCAUUGGACAAGGCAUCAUUGGCGGUGAAGAAGUCUGAGUCUGAUAGCACGGAAUCGUCGCCUCGAUCAUCAUCAAAUAGUCUUUCGCCUCUGUCUGAUGCACAGGGAGCGGCAUCUCCAUCAUCAUCACCCAAGCCCACUGGAUGGCAUGAAAUUCAGGGUAUGCAUAUACUUGAUCUCGUCACACUAGCGAUCCGUUCUGCUCGAGUCUACUAUAUCAACCAUGAACGGCCGGAGCGACUGGCUAGUAUCAAGACGGAACGCAAAUUCCGAGAGGAAUUAUUAGCGGUCACGGAUGUUUUGAAGGGAUGGGCUUCUCGAAAUUUUGCCGGUGGGUUGAGGAAUACUGAAAGAGCAGCUAUCCUAAGCUGGAUGGCUGGUGUGCUCAUUGUUCUCGACGAAGAACGUCGGCUCGAGGAGGCCGAAAACAAGGAACGAGCUAGCUGGAACUGGGCGACUGGAGAUUGGACGGGCCGUGAAAGAGAGCGUGAAGAAGCAUUUCUUCAGACCUUGAUGAAUGGAAUCGGUCCCGCCUUGCCGCAAUGGACAUCUCCUGAGAAUGCAGUGCUGCCAACCCCGCUUCUUAGUCGUCUGCGAGAUGGACGCGAUCUUAUCCGCAUGCAUAAUCAAGCAGUACGAAAAUCACGACGACUUUUCGGCGAGAUCAAGACUCCUCAUGAAGAUAUCGCCAAACCAUACCGCCGUGCCGAGAAUCUACGAUACUGGCGCAAAGCUGCUGAACUGCGGUGGGAGAUUAAACUCGUCCUGGACGUCAUGGGCGUGGUUUAUGGCAGCAGUGACGAGGCCUGGAUACAAUUCGACGCUGCACUCCUUGAGUGGUGCAGGGGUGUGCGUGAGGAGAUGCUGGAUGACUGGAGGAACCCGCGUAAGGGGUCUGUUGCGUCCCUUCACGAACUGCCCACCAUUUUUGAUGCAGAAGCCCUGACCGCCGACGCUGCCUAA